AUGUCUGACGGUCUCUCUGAGGCGGACAAGAUCCGUAACAAGCGUCUCGCGAAGUUGGGGAACCCGUCUCCGCCAUCGCCAACUGAAGGCGCUGCAGACUCGGCUUCCAGCCGACCGCCCACGCCUUCACAGCCUGUUUCUUCUCGGGAAGCUUCGCGCACACGAUCCAAUGUCGGAAGUGCGGCCAGCUCCCCUGCACCUUCACCUCGCCCGGAAGCACAGCAGUCGGAAGGGAAGCGGAUCAAAAUCACCCCGGCGACUUCCACAAAUGCCGCCGCCGAACGAUCACGACCUGCCACGCCGGUGGCCCCCAAGGCGGAGGAGACCAUCGAGACCUUCGAGGACCGUACAUUGAGCGCCAUCUUCAAGCUGACCCUGAACGAGGAUCGGCAGCGGGACAUCCACGGACAGAGGCUGACCUUUUUGCCGGGACUGCGGAGCGAACUGACGGAUGAAGGCCGGGAGCUUCGCAUCGACACGUCGGUUCUGGACCAGGCACUGCUAGAGGCUGCGUCCAAUACCCCCCAGCAGAAACCGUUGAAUUAUUUGCUCCCGUGCUGGAAGAGGAUAUCCAAGCUUCACAAAGGGUUCCGCCGUGCUCGGGAUGACGACCCGAAGUUCUUGGUUCUAUGCGAGGCUCGCCGCCUGUGCUUGAGCUACUGCAUGUUUGCCAUCACAAUGCCGGAAAUGUUUGGAAUUGAUCCGUCGGGACGGUCGACGUUGAAACCUUAUCUACUUUUGGACCCCGAGGAUGAGAAGGGCGUGGACUUCGAGUUCAUCAGCGAGGCCGUGAAGAGGUUUGAUGAGGAUGAGAAUAUCAAGCCGGCGUUUAUAGUUGCUGUCGAGGAAAUGAGCCGAGAGCUGGCCGCCAUGAACAUCAACGAUGAUUACAAGCCCUACAUGACAGCUCUGCGCAACUUGGUGCGUCACGCCGUUAUAGGAGCUGCCAUCACGGAAUCCUCCAUCUUCAACGCGUCUCGCGAUCCUGCGCUGUUUGAGAAGGAGACCUUGAUCGGGCCAUGGUUCCGCCUCUCGCCUCUACAAGGCAAUGUGACCAUGCAGUAUUUCUCAAGCCCUAAGACGAGGGACCAGGGCUAUAUUCUCAGCGCACAACGGUCGCUUCGGAUGAUGCAGCAGAUUCUUAACUCGGAUCUACUAGACAUCAUCAAUCAUAUGAUCCGGGCGUCGAAAGAUGCCAGGGACCGAAUUCUAGACUGGUUCGCUGCGGCGUUGAACAUCAACCACAAGCGACGGGCCAUGCAGGUAGACCCCAAUGCAGUGUCGUCGGAUGGAUUCAUGUUCAACCUUACUACGUGCUUGGAUCAGCUCUGCGAGCCCUUCAUGGACGCAAGCUUCACCAAGAUUGAUCGCAUUGAUGCGAACUACCUGCACCGAAACCCUCGGGUUGACCUGAGGGACGAGACCAAGAUCAAUGCCGAUAAACAUGCAUCGGAUGCGUUCUAUUCCAAAAAGGCCGAAGGCACUUCAAACUUUAUUACAGAGAUUUUCUUCUUGACUGUUGCCGCCCAUCACUACGGCAGUGAAUCCUUGACCUCGAAAUUGGAUCAAUUGGAGAAAGAUCUGCGGCACAUGGAGUCUACCAUUACCAAAUUUGAGGCCGAACGGCCUCGAUGGGUCAACAACCCGAUGCAGCUCCGGGUAUUCGAGAAUGCCCUGAAGAAAUACAAGGACAAGCUGGACCUCGGCCUUGCCUUGAAGUACAGCCUCCAGGGUGUGCUGUUCGACGAUCAGUGGCAGGCCCGCUCUAUGUUGUUCAUGCGUUACGUUAUGGUGUGGCUGCUUCGACUUGUAUCUGGUGUGAACUUCCCCAAAGAAGAGAUCAAGCUACCUCUUCCCGAGCAACAACCAGAAGUCUUCAAGUGUCUGCCAGAGUACUUUGUCGAUGACGUGGUCAGCAACUUCAAGUUCAUCAUGUGGUGCAUGCCUCAAAUCAUCACUGCUACGCAGGGAGACGAGUUGGUCAUGCUUUGCAUAACUUUCUUGGAAAGCUCCGGUUACAUCAAAAACCCCUACCUCAAAGCAGGCCUCGUUUCCAUCCUUUUCCGAGGCACGUGGCCGCGCCCCGGUGGCGCCCGCGGUGUCUUGGUGGACCUGCUCAACUCCAUGAAGUUUGCCAACGACCAUCUGCUCCACUGCCUGAUGAAAUUCUACAUCGAGGCCGAGCACACGGGCACCCAUACGCAGUUCUUUGACAAGUUCAACAUCCGAUACGAGAUCUUCCAGAUCAUCAAAUGCAUCUGGCCCAAUACUUUGUACCGAGACAAACUGUACAAGCAGUCUAAGAAGAACCUCGACUUUUUCGUCCGCUUUGUGAACCUGCUUCUGAACGAUGUGACGUUCGUGCUUGACGAGUCGUUCGGUGCAUUCAUUACCAUCCACAAAACCCAGACGGAGCUGCGCAAUGAGGGAGCGUCCAUGGAUCCUACCGCGCGCCAGCAAAAGGAGGAGCACCUUGCCUCCGCCCAGCGGAAUGCGAAGUCCUACAUGCAACUCACUAACGAGACGGUUUCUAUGUUGAAGCUCUUCACCGACGCGCUGGCAGAGUCGUUCACGAUGCCCGAGAUCGUCCAGCGAUUGGCCGACAUGUUGGACUACAACCUGGAUGCCAUGGUAGGCCCCAAGAGUUCUAGCUUGCGUGUGGAAAACCUCCAAGAUUACGGAUUCAACCCGCGAGCAUUGCUGAGCGAGAUCGUCGACGUGUACCUGAAUCUGAUGAGCAAAGAGAGUUUCAUCACCGCCGUGGCUCGAGAUGGACGGUCUUACAAGCCGGCGAACUUUGCUAAGGCCGUGGAUAUCUUGCGCAAAUGGUCUCUCAAAUCCCCCGAAGAGCUGAAACGGUGGGAGAAAUUGCUGGCGAUGGUGAAGGAGGCCAAGGCAGCCGACGAACAAGCAGAGGAGGAUCUUGGAGAGGUUCCUGAUGAGUUCUUGGAUCCUCUUAUCUACACCCUGAUGGAAGACCCCGUCAUCCUGCCUGGAUCGCGGGUAUCCAUUGACCGUUCGACUAUCCGGUCUCACCUAUUGAGUGAUCCCCAUGACCCGUUUAACAGAGUUCCGCUCAAGAUGGAGGAUGUAACGCCAGACACGGAACUCAAAGCAAAAAUCGAGGCAUUCAAGUCGGAAAGGCUGGCCGAGCGGAGAAAGGAAAGGGGACAGGGUGCACCCGAGUCGAUGGACACAUCUACGGAUUAA